AUGCCUUACCACGUGGCUGAUAAACAUAAUUUCUUUCAAGGCCUGUUUCCUGCCAUUUUGAACCUGGCCAGCAAUGCUCACAUCUCCACCAAUGCCACCUGUGGGGAGAAGGGACCGGAGAUGUUCUGCAAGCUGGUGGAGCACGUUCCUGGACGGCCCCUGCGCAACGCCCAGUGCCGCGUCUGUGACCGCCACAGUGCCAAUCCCAAAGAGCAGCACCCAAUUUCCAGUGCAAUCGAUGGUACCAAUAACUGGUGGCAGAGUCCCAGCAUUCAGAAUGGAAGGCAAUACCACUGGGUCACCAUCACCUUGGAUUUAAGGCAGGUCUUUCAAGUUGCAUAUGUCAUCAUCAAAGCUGCUAAUGCUCCACGACCUGGAAACUGGAUUUUGGAACGCUCCAUAGAUGGCACUGAGUUCAGACCGUGGCAGUACUAUGCAAUUAGUGAUACCGAAUGUUUAACUCGUUACAAUAUUACACCAAGAAUUGGGCCGCCAACUUACAAGAGAGAUGAUGAAGUGAUCUGCACCUCCUAUUAUUCCAGACUAGUUCCCCUGGAACAUGGAGAGAUUCACACAUCACUGAUCAAUGGUAGGCCUAGUGCUGAUGAUCCCUCACAGAAGCUGUUGGAAUUUACCUCUGCACGAUACAUUCGCCUGCGACUGCAGCGUAUUAGAACUCUGAAUGCUGACCUCAUGACUCUCAGCCAUAAUGAUCCUAAGGAACUAGACCCCAUUGUUACCAGAAGGUACUACUAUUCAAUAAAGGACAUCUCUGUUGGUGGCAUGUGUAUUUGUUAUGGCCAUGCUCGAAGCUGCCCUUUGGAUGAAAUCACAAAGAAAUUGCAGUGCCAAUGUGAACACAACACAUGUGGAGAGAGCUGUAACAAGUGCUGUCCAGGCUACCACCAGAAACCAUGGAGACCAGGAACCCUUUCUGCUGGGAACAAAUGUGAGAAAUGUAACUGUCAUAACAAAGCAGAAGAUUGUUAUUACAACCAGAGUAUUGCAGAUCAGAAAAGGAGCAUGGAUAUUCACGGCCAGUAUCUAGGAGGUGGUGUGUGUUUAAACUGUACUCAACAUACUACUGGGAUCAACUGUGAAAUGUGUGCUGAUGGAUAUUUUAGACCACACAAAGUUUCUCCCUAUGAGGAUCACCCCUGCUAUCCCUGCGACUGCGACCCGUUCGGCUCUCUGAGCUCUGUCUGUGUUAAAGAUGAGCACCAUUCUGACUCUCAGCGUGGGACUUGGCCAGGCCAGUGUCAGUGCAGGGAAGGUUAUGCAGGGGAAAAAUGUGAUCGUUGUGCAUUUGGGUAUCAGGGCUACCCAAACUGCCUGCGUUGUAACUGCAGCCUGGUUGGCAGCAUCAAUGAAGACCCAUGCACGGAGCCUUGUCUUUGCAAAGAAAAUGUAGAAGGUGAAAACUGUGAUCUCUGUAAACCAGGAUUCUACAAUUUGCAAGAAAGAAAUCCUCAGGGCUGCACAGAGUGUUUUUGCUUUGGCGUUUCUGAUGUCUGUGACAGUCUUACAUGGCCUGUCAGUCAGAUUUCAGACAUGACUGGGUGGCUCGUUACCGAUCUGUACAAAGCAAGGAGCGUGCAGCCUCAGCGAAGCCAAUAUGAUGGGCCCCAUCAAAUAAGUAUUAACAACACUGAGGCUGUGAAAGUACUGAAAAAUACUUAUUACUGGUCAGCACCUGAGGCAUACCUAGGAAAUAAACUCACAGCUUUUAGUGGAGAGUUGAAGUAUACGGUAUCUUAUGACAUUCCAAUGGAGAGUGUGGACAGUGAUAUAGUGUCUAGUGUGGACGUCAUCAUUCAGGGUAAUGGACAGAUCCUGAGUACAAGAGCAGCGGGCUUGUCAUUACAGCCAUAUGAGGAGUAUUCUAAUUCAGUGAGAUUUGUAUCAGAGAAUUUCAUAGAGUUCAAUACAAAAAAGGCAAUAGACCGGGAAAUGUUGAUGACUGUUCUGGCAAACGUGACCCAUCUUCUGAUCAGGGCCAACUACAACAUUGCCAAAAAGGCUGUGUACAGGCUGGACUCUGUGACCCUGGAUACUGCAAAUGCAAAUGUUAUAGAUCUUUCUUCAGCACCGGAUGUGGAAUUCUGUGAAUGUCCUCAGGGUUACACAGGAAUAUCCUGUGAGUCCUGUCUCCCUGGGUACUACCGUGUGGAUGGAAUACUCUUUGGAGGUAUUUGUCAACCCUGCAAGUGCAAUGGGCAUGCAACUGAGUGUGACAUCCACGGUGUUUGCUUUGCUUGUCAACACAACACGACAGGACCUUUCUGUGAUCAGUGCUUGCCUGGCUUCUAUGGAAAUCCAUCCCAAGGAACAUCUGAGGACUGCCAGCCUUGUGCAUGUCCUCUGAGUUCUGCUGCAAACAAUUUCAGUCCCACUUGCCAGCUGAAUGAAGAAGGUGGAAUUGUCUGUGACAAAUGUCUUCCAGGCUAUACUGGUUCUCAAUGUGAAAGGUGUGCCAAUGGUUACUAUGGGAAUCCUCUUAUGCCUGGACAGUCGUGUGCUCCUUGUGAAUGCAAUGGCAAUGUAAACCCUCAAGAAGAGGGCCACUGUGAUCCCUUCACAGGACAGUGCCUGAAGUGUCUGGGGAACACAGCAGGUCACCACUGUGAAAAGUGUGCUGAUGGGUAUUAUGGGGAUGCAGUGACUGACAAAAACUGCCGUGCCUGUGCCUGCCACGUGAAUGGUUCCCUUUCAAGUACUUGUCAGCAUGAGACAGGUGUCUGUUCCUGCAAAUCAAAUGUAAUUGGAGAAAGAUGUGAUAAAUGCUUGAACGGUUAUUAUGGGCUGCUUACUGGGCUUGGCUGCGUUCCCUGCAACUGCAGUCAGUUUGGCUCGGUGUCUGAGGAGUGCAAUCAUCAGGGGCAGUGUCACUGUGUGCCAGGAGUGGCUGGAGAGAAGUGUGAUCGUUGUGCUCAUGGCUUUUACGCAUUCCAGGAUGGUGGCUGCACACCCUGUGACUGUGCCCAUACUCAGAACAACUGCAAUGCUGAUUCUGGCCAAUGCAUUUGUCCCCCUCACACUCAGGGACAAAAGUGUGAACUCUGUGAAGAAAAUUACUGGGGACUCUCUCCUAAACUUGGUUGCAAGGCUUGCAACUGCAGCAGCACUGGUUCAGCCAGUCUCCAGUGCGAUGUGUUGACAGGUCAAUGCCAGUGCAAAACUGAAUUUGGAGGACGAGAAUGUUCCAGGUGUGCCUUAGGCUACAGGGACUACCCAGACUGUGUUGCCUGUGACUGUGAUUUGAGUGGAACCAGAGCAGAGACGUGCAAUGACACUGAAGGAGUUUGUGGUUGUGAAGAAGAAACUGGCAUCUGUGCCUGCAAGGAAAAUGUUUUUGGUCUACAAUGCAGUGAGUGUAAACCUGGAACUUUUGGUCUGUCUGCUAACAAUGCACUAGGAUGUACUCCAUGCUUCUGUUUCGGGAUGUCCACAUCUUGUUCAGAGCUAGAAGACCAUGUGAGAAUUCCUAUAACAUUAACUCCAGAUCAGGCUAUUCUGCAUGUAGUAGCUCAAAGUAACCUGACUGGAACAGUGGAAGGAGUAUUUUCACAAUUUUCUGAUGUUUUAUUGGAUGCUGCCAUAGUCAGGAAGUUCUUAAAUACAGAAACAUUUUACUGGAAGUUGCCAGAGCAGUUUCAGGGAGACCAGCUCAUGGCCUAUGGAGGGAAGCUGAGAUACACUGUUGCCUUUUAUGCUUUGGAUGGCUUUGGAACCUCAAAUUUUGAGCCACAGAUUCUAAUGAAAGGAGGUCACACUAGCAAGUUGGUCAUCUAUGUAGAUAUCCCUUCUCCAGAAAAUGGAGUAAGAACUGAAAAGGAAGUAGAAAUGAAGGAGGAUUCUUGGAAGUAUUUUAACUCUGUGUCUGAUGAGCCUGUCUUACGUUCUGACUUCAUGUCUGUGCUCAGCAAUGUUGAAUACAUCCUUAUCAAGGCAGCUUAUGGCCAAGGAUUGCAGCAAAGCAGAAUUGCAAAUAUCUCAAUGGAACUUGCAGUCAAGUUUGAAGAAAUGCAUGUAGGCAGACCUCUAGCUCAUCUUGUAGAGCAAUGUAGGUGUCCUGCUGGUUACACUGGAUUGUCCUGCCAGAGCUGUGCUCCAGGAUACUACAGGAGAAAGCAUACGGAGCUCAGUGUAAGAGAGCCUCACACUCUGAUAGCACCUUGUGUGCCAUGUCAGUGCAACAACCACAGUGAAACCUGUGAUCCUGACACUGGAAAGUGCUUGAACUGCAGAGAUAACACAGUUGGUGAUUACUGCAGUGCUUGUGCCCCAGGCUACUACGGGAGAGUAACUGGAUCUGCCAAUGACUGCUCUCUUUGUGCCUGUCCCAGAGCCAACUCUGUCAGUUUUAGUCCCACUUGUGUCCUGAAAGGUGUUCAGGAUUACCUCUGUGAUGCUUGUCUCCCAGGAUAUGAAGGACAGUACUGUGAAAGGUGCUCCCCUGGCUAUUACGGUGCCCCCCAGCUCCCUGGUGGCAGCUGCCGUCCGUGCCAGUGCAAUCCAGGUGGUUCUGUUGAUGGGAAUUGUGAUGGUGCCACUGGGCAGUGCCUCUGUAAGCCAGGGGUAACAGGACAGCUCUGUGAGGAGUGUGAGCCAAGGCAUCUUCUGCUGGAGGACGAGUGUGUGUCUUGUGAUGACAACUGCACAGGAGUUUUGUUAAACAGUUUGGAUAAUCUCCAGGAGGCCAUGCUUUCAGUGAACCUCACUGGUAUUGACCGUGUGCCCUAUGGGAUAUUGUCAGAGUUGGAGAAUGCAACACAACAUUUGAAGAGGUCUGUAGUUCCUAGAGAAGAUACAACUUACUCGUUAGAUACAGCAGAAGAAAAUCUUCUGAAUUUAUCAGGAGGCAUUGAUUACUUGCAUGAAGAGACAACUAGAUUUUUGAAACAAGCUCAGCAGCUUGACACAAUGACUCAGAAAACCAGGAAUAAAAGUCAAGAACUGACUGGCUUUAUUGACACGGUACAUACAACCAUCAAAGUACUUGCUGAGGUUGCUUUGUCACUAAAUGAAACACUGGGCCUGGAUCUGCCAUUGUCAAAUGCUGCGUCUCAGAGACUGCAGGAUGAUAUUUCUGCCCUUUUGGAUGCACUGCGCAAGAAGGAUUUUGUUCGACAGCACCAUAAUGCUACCACAGUCCUAAAAGCUGCCGAAAAGUUGUUGACCCAGGUUCAGAAAGAGUAUUUCAAACCCCAGCAGGAACUUGCUGAGCUAAAAACAGAUGCAAGCCAAUUCUUAUCAAAGCAGAACGGCAGACUGCAGGAUGUCCAGGACCUGGUGAACGAGGCGCUCGCUGACAUCAGUGAGACCCAUCGCUUGUUUCCUCUCAUCACCAGCAACCUGGCAGAGUUAAAUGACAAAAAGCUAAAAAUAAAGGAAGGUGAAGAAGUCUCAACCAUGCUCAUUAAAGAAGGGAAGGUGCUACUGAAUGCUGCUGCUGCUCUUGCCCAAGAUGUAAAGAACUCUACAUUUAAUGCAGAAGUCCACCAGGAUGGGUUGGUCCUGUGGAGCACCAAACUGCGACAUCACGUGGAUGAGCUGGUGAUGCAGAUGUCUGUGAGAGGAGUGCUUGACUUGGUGUACAGAGCUGAGGAACAUGCCACCCAGUUCCAAAGACUUGCAGAUGCACUAGAGAGUGACCUUUCUAGGGUAAGAAACCUGACUCUGAAUGCAACUGCUGCUAUCGACACUCACUCCAGCGUUAAAAGCGUGAUUGAAAGAACAGAGAGUUUGGCAGAUGAUGCAUCUAGAGUUAUGAAUGGCCCCUUGGAUUUACCAGAUGAGUCUUUCAGCCUUCUGGGAAAAGAAACUCUACUGCUUAGCUCCAAAUUUCAGAAUGAAGCUAAAAAUCUGAAGAAAAAAAAUGAUGGGCUUCUAUUUGGACUGAAUGAGUUGAAAAAAAAGGUAGAAAAGACUCAGGAAAGUACUAAUAAAAUUGGCAACCAACUUAAUGAUUCUCUGUUGACACUCAGAGCAUUGCCUAACAAUACCAGGAAAUACAUGCUUGAAGUGAAAGAGCUGGCUCUGUCUGCAAACACCAGUGCUGUGGUGGAUUUAAGUCACUUUGGGGAGUUCAGUCAAAAGCUGAUGAAUACAUCUGCUACAUUGUCCCAAGUUAAUGACUCUUUGAGGAAAACAAGUGAACUCAUAACUGAUUCAUCAAAAGCUGCAUCCACAGCUGAAAAACAAGUUAAAGAAGUUGAAGCACAAGCAAGUCUUUUAUUGGACAGACUCAAACCUUUGAAAAUGCUAGAGGAGAACCUGAACAGAAACCUGUCUGAAAUUAAAGAACUUAUCAGCCAGGCCCGCAAGCAGGCAGCAUCUAUUAAAGUUGCAGUAUCAGCAGACAGAGAUUGCAUUCGUGCCUAUCAACCCCAGAUUUCAUCUACAAAUUACAACACCUUAACACUCAAUGUGAAAACUGCUGAACCAGAUAACCUCCUUUUCUACUUGGGUAGCAAUGGAAAGACAGACUUCCUGGCAGUGGAGAUGCGACGUGGUAAGGUAGCUCUUCUUUGGGAUUUGGGCUCUGGAUCAACAAGAGUGGAAUACCCUGAUUUUCAAAUUGACAACAACAAAUGGCACAGAAUACAUGCCACCAGGUUUGGAAAAACAGGUACACUCAGCAUAGAGGAAAUGAAUUCCAAUCAGAAGCCUUCACCUAAAUCUGGAACCUCUCCGGGGACAGCCAGCAUAUUGGAUGUUAACAAGUCAACCCUAAUGUUUAUUGGAGGACUUGGAGGGCAAAUCAAGAAAUCACCUGCUGUUAAGGUGACCCAUUUUAAAGGGUGCCUAGGAGAGGCAUCCCUGAAUGGCAAAUCUGUUGGUCUUUGGAACUACGUAGAAAGAGAGGGCAAGUGCAAUGGCUGUUUUGGAAGCCCACAGGAUGAGGACACUUCAUUCCAUUUUGAUGGCAGUGGAUACUCAGUGGUGGAGAAGGCACUCCGCUCAACAGUGACCCAGAUAAUAAUAUUUUUCAGUACCUUUUCACCAAAUGGGCUUCUUCUGUAUCUUGCUUCAAAUGGCACAAGAGACUUCUUGUCCCUGGAGCUUGUUGAUGGCAAAGUGAGGGCGACUGUUGAUCUUGGUUCAGGACCCCUUGCUCUUACAACAGAAAAUCGUUACAACAAUGGGACGUGGUACAAAAUCUCAUUCAAUCGGAAUAAGAAGCAAGGAAUUUUGGCAGUCAUGGAUGCAUACAACCUUAAUUAUAAAGAAACCAAGCAAGGAGAAUCUCCUGGGGUUGCCUCGGACCUGAACCGCUCUGAUAAGGACCCAGUCUUCAUUGGUGGGCUGCCAAGAUCAAGGGCUCUGAGGAAAGGUCUUAAUAGUAGAAUGUAUGUGGGAUGCAUCAAGAAUCUUGAAAUAUCUCGUUCCACCUUUGACUUGCUUAGAAAUUCAUAUGGAGUAAGAAAAGGCUGUGUAUUGGAGCCUAUUCACAGUGUGAGCAUCAUGAACAAUGGAUAUAUUGAGUUGGUACCUAAGUCCUUAAGCCCAGAGUCAGAAUUGAUGGCAACUUUUGCUACAAAGAACAGCAGUGGCAUCAUCCUUGCUGGACUCAGCAGGGGACUGGAAAAGCGACGACGAAGACAAGCACAUUUGCCCUUCUUUUCCAUCAUGCUGAUUGAUGGUCAUCUGGCAGUGCAUGUUAAUGCUGGAGACAGAGCAAGUAGUAGGAAAGUAGUUCUCCAGUCUGCUAAUGGAACAUACAGUGAUGGGCAAGAACACUCUGUCAUCCUAAUUCGGAAUAAGAGGAUCAUAACUGUACAGGUGGAUGAAAGUAAACCUGCAGAAUUGAGGCUUGGUUCAGCAGCAGAAAAUAGCCCAAUUAAUAUCUCCAACUUCUACGCUGGUGGCAUUCCAGCAGGAGAGGGCAUCUUAGGACUAAAAUUGGCUGGCUCCUUUCAUGGCUGUAUCAGCAACCUUAUUUUUAACAAGGAGCUUUUAUAUUUCACCACUUCCAUGAAGUAUGAACAUGUGGAUAUGGACAGCUGCUUUCUGUCAGAGAAGCCUAAACCAUCAGACAUUGUGAUUCAACCUGAACUUCAGGCUCUACCAGUUCCCCUGAGACCUCUCACAGAUACAAAAAAAGUAGUUUGUGCAAAAGAUGAGCUGCCUGAUCAUGUUCAAGGUGCCCAUCAGUUUGGACUUGCCAAAGGCAGCCACUUGACCCUGCUCUUCAAUCAGUCUGCUGUCAGGAAGAAACUUUCCAUCCAGCUGACUCUCAGAACCUUUGCCUCCAGUGGCCUGAUUUACUACAUGGCUCACCAAAACCAGGUUGACUAUGCAGCCCUACAGCUUUAUGGGGGACAGCUCCAUUUCUCAUUUGAUUUAGGCAAAGGAAAAGCAGUAGCUCUUCACCAUGCUGUUGUCAGUGAUGGAAAAUGGCAUACGGUUAAGACGGAAUACGUUAAAAGAAAAGGCACAAUCAUUGUGGAUGGACAGGAAUUGGUAGAAGUCAGUGCUCUGGGAGAUGGUAGCACCCUGGAUGUGGAAGGGAAGCUCUAUGUUGGAGGACUCCCCUUAGACUACAUACCAAAGAAUCUUGGGAAUGUUACUCACAGUAUUCCCGCCUGCAUUGGUAGCAUGACAAUUAAUGGCAAACAACUGGACAACGAGAGUCCUGUCUCUAUCUUUGCUGUGAAUAAAUGCUAUGAAACAGUGCAGGAAGGUACUUUCUUUGAUGGAAGUGGCUUUGCUGCUCUUGUCAGAGAAGGCUACAAAGUGCGGUCUGAUGUGAACAUCACCCUGGAGUUCCGUACAACAGCAGUGCACGGGGUUCUUCUUGGGGUCAGCAGUGCCAAGGUUGAUGCCAUUGGACUGGAAAUUGUACAUGGCAAGGUUUUAUUCCAUGUCAACAAUGGAGCUGGCAGAAUAACGGUUACAUACGAACCAAGAGGCACAAACAGCUUGUGUGAUGGGAAAUGGCACAAGCUUCAAGCAAACAAAAGCAAACAUCGCAUUUCGCUGAUAAUUGAUGGGAAUUUGGUUCACACUGAUAAUCCCUACGUCCAGUCAACAUCUGCAGAUACAAACAAUCCCAUUUAUGUUGGAGGUUAUCCUGCUGAUGUCAAGCAAAACUGCCUCACAAGCAAGAGCUCAUUCCGUGGCUGUUUGAGGAACCUUGUUUUGACCAAGGGCCAACAUACGGAAUUGUUUGACUUCAGCAGAGCUUUUGACCUGCGUGGAGUGUUUCCUCAUUCCUGCCCUGGGGCUGAGCACUGAACUGUAGCAAAGCCUGUCUGGAUUGAGAGAGGGAUUGUUUUUUCUUGUUGUUGGUCUGUUAUUUUGCAUUCUCAUUUCGUAAUGAAAAGAAGAACUGACAAGAACCUGCAUCUAUUUGAUUUUUCUGGUUGUUUUCCAACUCAGGUCAUUUAUUUUUUUUUAAUCAGAAGCUCUAUGUCUGCAUUUUAACUAAAUGAUUUUAAACAACAGAUACCUCUCCAACAAUUUUAAUGGCAUUAAUUGGGUAUUUUUCUUUUGGGAAUUUUUAUUAAUCAGUGUUUACAGUAUGUUUUCUUUUGAUUACUUGACAGUAUUUCAUUUUAUUGUGUGUUGGUGGUUUCGUAAGAAGGUAAUAAUUUUGGACCACAUAAUAAAACUACAAUAAACUGCA